AUGACGAGCCCUAACCAUCGAAUCGACGACGCUGCUCCUUGUACGGAUGAACAUCAGACGAGUGAACAACUUCAAAGCGCUGCUUUUGCCGAUGGUGGCGAUUUCCAUGACGCUGGUUACCCGAGCGAGUUCUCGUUUCGUCACUGGGCGGACGGCCACAGUAGCGACGACAUCGCUUCCAUGCCAGGGCGAAAACGCGAAACCGACCGAUUCGAGGUCACGGACGAAUGGCGCGGCUUCGAAAGCGAGGAGACAGAAAGGGUUUCAGGUCUGUUAGAGGCUUCAGUGCUGCAGCCAGAUGGCUUACGCUAUGGAGGGAAGGACAGCAGAGUGAGCGUUGAGACGCGUCAAGAAACUGUAGCAGGCCUGUUGGAAGCUCCAAGGCUGCAGGGAGUUGGAGGAGGGGAUGGAUGGAAGGACAGCGGAAUGAGCAGCAGAGGUGUGGGAUGUGGUGCUGGGGGGUGUGAGGAAGAGGGGCGUGGGGGAGGCGAACGGGGGAGGGAGGUGAGCGAGAAGGUGGACGGUACAAAGGAGGAAAACGAGGAGAGGGAGAAGGAGGAGAAAGAGGAGGAGAAGGAGAAUGAGAAGAAGCAGGAGGCGUGGUCUUCGUAUGAGACGGUUUUCACGAAUGCAAAAGCAGGAAUGGAGGGGGUUGACAAGGAGCGGGUGAAGCGCAUAGUGUACGCCAUGAGUCAAGGCUCGCGCUUCUUCCAGCACGAGCAGCGCAAGGAGGCAGCACUCCUCUCCAAAAUCGCCCUCAUGCAGCGCGCCAAGCAGGCCAUUCCCCCGGAGAAGCUCUCCCUACUGGAGAGACAGGCGGAUGGGAUGCUGGCAAGGAUGGUGGCGGAGGAGAGCAGGGAGGCGCGGCGGCGCGUGUGGGUGCAUGUGGACAUGGACGCGUUCUAUGCGGCGGUGGAGGCGCUGGGGGAUGCGAGGCUGAGAGAUGUGCCCAUGGCUGUGGGGGGCAUGGGCAUGCUGUGUACUGCUAACUAUGAGGCGCGCAAGUACGGAGUGAGAGCAGCCAUGCCGGGGUUCAUAGCGCGCAAGCUGUGCCCGGAACUCGUGUUUGUGAAGCCUGAUUUCACCAAGUACCAGCACUACUCCAACCUCACGCAUGAAGUGUUCCGCCAGUACGACCCGCACUUCGUCGCGCGCAGUCUAGAUGAAGCGUAUCUGGACAUCACUGCCGUGUGCGAGGAGAGGCACAUGACUCCAGCGCAGGUAGCAGAGGAGCUACGGCACAAGGUGCAUGCACACACGGGGCUCACGUGCAGUGUAGGAGUCGCGGCCAACAGGAUGCUCGCCAAGGUGUGUUCGGACAUCAACAAGCCCAACGGGCAGUACGUGCUGCCUCCCGACCGUGAAGCCAUUCAAAGCUUCAUCUCCUCGCUGCCCAUACGCAAGAUAGGAGGAGUGGGUAAGGUGACAGAGCGAUUGCUGAGGGACGUGCUGGGGGUGAAGGUGUGUGCUGACAUCAUCACUCACAGAGGCGCUCUGCUCGCGCUCUUCUCGCCCAUCUCUGCUGAAUUCUUCCUGCAAGCGGCGUUGGGCAUAGGCGGCAGUGGGGAUGUGGAGGAGGGACCCAGGAAGAGCAUCAGCUGCGAGCGCACCUUCUCGCCUCUCUCCGCCGAGCCAGCCAUUCUCGACAAGCUCGAGGAAUUGAGCUUCGCAAUGGCAAAGGACCUGGAGGAGCACGGCAUGAAGGGCCGAACACUCACCCUCAAGCUCAAAACUACUGCUUUUGAGGUGCGCACACGGGCGGUGUCUGUACCAGACCCCAUAGGGUCACAGCAGGAGAUGUGGCCGCUAGUUGUGAGGCUCAUACGACCAGAGCUACCAGUCUCGGUGCGACUGCUAGGUCUGCGCAUGAGCGCCCUUGUUCCACGCGCUAACAGCGGCAGCAGCAGGCAGGCAACAAUCAGUGAGGUGCUUGGAGGAAGGAGAGGCGGCAGUGGUUCAGCCAAGGGGAUUGCUGAGGGGAAGUAUCCUAUCGGUUCUACAGGGGAGGAGGGGGAAGGGAGCGGUUGGUGGAGGGAGAGAAUUCGGGAGAGAGAGGGGCGAGUGGAGGAGCUGAGGGAGUAG